AUGGUAGCAGAACUUGGGUGUGCAACUGGCCCUAACACACUUAAGCUAAUGCCGGAGUUGGUGAAAUCUACCUACCAAACAUUCAGAGCGAGGAAUAGAAAAGAUAUUCCGCAAAUCCAAAUUUUCUUGAAUGAUCUUUAUUUCAAUGACUUCAGCACAGUAUCAAGGUCCCUUCCUAAAUUCAUGAAAGAUCUUGAGAAGGAAAGGGAUGGUGAUGUAGGGCCACUAUUCAUUUCUAUGACACCAGGAUCAUAUCGAAAGAGAAUUUUCCCUGAUAAUUUUCUUCAUUUUGUACAUUGUGCUAAUAGUGCACAUUGGUUAAGUAAGGUACCUAAUGCACUAUCAAACGAAAGCGGGGAAUCAUUAACAAAGGGAUGCCUUUACUUAACAGAUAGUAGCUCUCCAGAAUUGGUUAGAGCAUAUCAUGAGCAGUUUGCAAAAGACUUCAUAUCAUUUUUGGAAUGCCGCGCACAAGAGAUUGUUCGAGGAGGUAGGAUGGUCGUUAACAUGAUGGGAUUGGUUGAUGAAAAGAAAGUGAGUGAAUUUAACAUCCCCUUUUAUCCCGCAACUAUGGUAGAAGUGAACAGGUUGGUAUCAAAUGAAGGAUCAUUUUCACUUCACAAGCAUGAAACCUUCACCUUAGAUUGGGAUAUGCCAGAAGGAGACAAAAUGGAUGUGCUUAAGAGAGCAAGAUUUGUGGCACAGACAGACCGAGUUGCCUCAGAGUAUAUGAUAUCCACACAAUUUGGUGAAGUUUUUACUGAUGAGUUUUACCGGCGGUUCGCAGAUCGUAUCCGCCGACACUUAGCCGCCGGCUAUCAGUUGCAGACUUUUCACCAAGUCAUAUCUCUAAUAAAAAAGUGA